AUGUCGAGCUUCCGCACCUCACCCAACGCCUCGUCGGAGAACGACACCGCGGAACCGGACCAGGGCGUCAUGCGCAGGGUGCAGGACAAGUACACGACGGUGGCUCUGACGAUGGCCUUCUUCCUGUACUCGACGGUCUCAACUGUCAUCUUUCAGACGUUCAGCUGCGACGAGCUGGAGGACGUGGGCAAGAGCUACCUCCGUGCGGACUACGGCAUUGACUGCGACUCCGACCGGCACAAGGCCUUCAAGCUGUACGCGGGCUUGAUGAUACUGGUGUAUCCCAUCGGGAUCCCGGUCGCCUUCGCGGUCAUGCUCUGGCGCAAGAGGAGCAUGAUCAACCCCCCGAAGGAUAUCCUGUCGGCUGCCCGCGUGCUGCACGGGUCGAACCCCUCCCAGCACGAGGACGAGCGCUACGGUCGGCCGUCGGAGCCCGACCAACGGUUGUCAGAUCGAAGGAUCGCGCAGACGGCGUUUUUGUGGAGGGCGUACCGGCCCGCGGCGUACUACUACGAAGUGCUGGAGUGUUUCAGGCGGCUGCUGCUCACGGGGUGCCUGGUGUUCAUCCUGCCUAACUCUGCGGGGCAGGCUGCCGUGGCGUGCGUGCUGGCGGUGCUGACCGUGGCCGUCUUCGCCUUCGUGAGCCCUUACAGCGACCCCGACGACCACCGAGCGUACACGCUGGGGGCGUUGGCCAUCUUCCUGACGAUGUUCAUGGGGCUCGUUGUGCGGGUGGACCUCGCCGAUGAGGAGACCCAGAGCCAGCUAGUGCUCGGCGUGCUCCUGAUCCUCUUGACGAUCGGGCUGGUGGUGGUGGCCGUCGCGGAGUGCCUCUGGGAGGCCCGUCGCCUUUCCCGUGGCAACCGCGAGGCCGACGGCCGUGACGACCACAUCUUCCUGCGGCGGCGCCGCGGUGAUCGAAAGAGAAAGGACGGGGGGAGGGGGGGGGGCACCGGCAAGGGUGGCGCCGGCGACCUGGAGGACAAGUUUAGGACGAGCGGGUCGCUGUACGCGCCGAAGCUUGAAGAUGUGCCGAUGAACAGGGCAUUCGGGGCCUCCAGAAACAGUGGCGCCGCUAGCGCACCCGAGGUUUUCGACGCCGAGAAGGCGGCCGCCGCCGCCGCCGUCGCCGCCGCCGGGGCCGCCGGGGGGGGAGGCCCCCGACCCCGCGGCUCCCAAGUGUUCAUGCUCUCGUCGGCGGGCCAGGACAAGAAGGCGCACGUGGCUUUCGCGGGCACGAGCAGCAACGUCCACCCCCCCGUCGACACCGGUACCGGCGGAAUCGGCGGUGCCGCUCCGUCUUUCCCGGUGUACCGUGGGACCGCCGGGAGCAGCGGCAUCGGCGAGAUGGGCUUGCGGUCGUCGUCGGGGUCCCACUCUCCCAUCCACCCCAGGAGAGACGGCGGCGGCGGCAGCGGUUACCCCGGCCUGGUGCCGGCGGAAGCGGAGAGCGCCCCGCCGGGGGUGGUGGAGAUGGAGCCCGCGCCGCCGUUGCCCGUAGCGGGAGGAGGUGGUGCCGGCGGCGAGGGAGACGGCGUCCGUAAGAAGAGGGCCAAGAAGAGAUCGUCCAAGUCGCGGAGGGACGGGGGAAGGGGAAGGUCGUCGUCAUCUAGGAGGCUAGGUGGGGGCGACGGAGGCAUGCGUCCGGCAGUGCCGGAUGCCGGGCCCGAGAUGGACGAGAUGAGGCCUUCGCCGGGCGAUGGCACCGGCGCUGCGGGCCCUUGGAUGUCUUGAAGGGGGCACGGGAUUGUCUUGCCCCGGUCCUUGGGUGUCUUUUUAAGUGGCAACGGAUUGGAUUGUAUUCUAUCCCGGUCCAUUUGGAGACUCCAACUCCCAGCCCUCGGAUGCCUUGAAAAUGGCACGGAAUUGUCUCAUCCCCACCCUAGGACGUUGUAAAGGGCACGGAAUUGUUUUAUGUCCCAGCCCCUUUGAUGCUGCCUACGGGUGGAUGCAGGCGUCGGCCUAGCUUGUUGCAUGCUGAAUGAAAGAACCGCCCCAGUUCGUGCAGCAUGCAGCCGUGGCGUACCCUGGUGUGACUUUCAAUACCAUCUUGUAUAGUAGACUUGUGUUUGAUACCGAAAGUGUGUGUGUGUUGUGGUCUCAGUCUGUCUUGGCGUGAGUCAGCCGGCGAGAGACAAGUGAGUGAGAUGGUGGAGAGAGAGAGAGAGAGAGAGAGAGGAAUUUACAAAGUUAAAAUUUUUCGGAGGAGGGGGGCUGGGCGUCAUGGUGAGGCCUGACCCUGGGGUUUACAUUAUCUUCGUGGCGUGGUUUUGUUGAGUUGAUGCCUUUGCUUGUCUUGUUUUUUUUUAACGCGGUCACAGUCUUGGAGAUUCUCCCCUUGUAGCUCAAUCCACAGCUACAAAGUACAAUGACAGGCUCAUCGACGAGACUGGCCGUUGUUUCAAGGCCAGGGCGUAGUGUCUGUUGUGGUAGGAUGGCGGAAUGUGUAUAGUACGUAGACCUGCGUUAGGCCCGUUGACGGUGUUUUGGUGUAUAUUUCGUUGGAGAGCAGGAGGGCUUGUCGUCACCUGCAAAUGGUUUUUAUGUCUCGAAACAGCAAAGGAUGUUUGUGCUUGGAGGAGGAGGAGGAUGAGGAGGGCACACGGAGGAGAAAUAGAGGGGGGGGGGAGGAGGAUUCGUGGCAAAUCCGAUUGCUAGUGAUGAUGCCCCUGGAGAUAACCGAUCGACUUCAUUGCUGUGCUGGGUGUUAUCUUGUAUAUUUAGUCGGUAUAAAGGGGUCUUCACCCACCCUUGAAAGGAACUUUUUUAUGUCGUUUGUCCCCCAUCUACGUUGAUGUGAUGUCUAGGGAAGGCACAGGGUGCGCCUGGUCUUCGUAUUUUCUUGUUUUUAGCUCCGUCGUUGUCGUUUUCUUCACUGUGGAAGUCAUUCUGGGGUCUAUCUGUCCGGAGGUGGGUGAUGUUAUUCCUGGAAACGCUGCUGCGUGCGUGCUAGCUGUUCGUGCAUGCCCGACAAAUCCCAACACUUAGCGUUUUUUUGUAUCAAAGUUGAUAAGUUGACGAGUGUGUUUGUGUGUUGUUGUGCUAGAGUUGCGUCACCGAGGAAAAACGUUCUACUAUACCCGACUACUGUAGAGGAUGGGCAAACAGAGAUUUAGUGUGUGUGUGAUUUUUGUUUUGUGCAU